AUGUCCGAAACGACAAUCAAGCUCAGUAGGGGCGACGGAACUCCGUGGGGAUUCCGGCUCGGAGGUGGGAAGGAUUUUGGAUAUCCCGUCUGUAUUCAGAGGGCCAACCCGGGAAGCUUAGCUGAGCAGGCUGGCAUCCGAACCGGAGAUCAGGUGUCGCGAAUUUCUGGCCGUUCCACCGAACACAUGAGCCACCAGGAUGCUCAGAACGCCAUUCUCAACAGCGGAAACUAUCUCGACCUCACCAUCGUACGCGGCGGAUCUUUGACGUGGGCACCGUCGGUGCAAGCAGUCGGAGACAUCACUCCUGGAUCCCAAGGACCUUUAACCAGGACAUCUUUAGCGGCGAACAAACAAACUCACAAUCCGAUCGGCUCGUCGCAUAAUACUUCGGCUAAGCCUUUCUCGCCGCAAAUCGUAAACAAGCAGUACAACUGUCCUGCGGCCCUCUACUCCAUGGAGAGUCUCCGUGAGGCCCUCGAGAAGCAAAGCGAGGUUCUCACUGGAGGUGCAAUAGGGAUCAACUUCAUGAAGGAGGAUAAACCUUUGAACAAGGAUUCCGCUGUUUACCGUAUGGUCCAGGAAGAGGAUAAAGCACCCAAGACUCCAGGCUCACCGUGUCCAGCGUUGUCUGGGGUAGACAGCUCUCCGCUGGGCUCGGCGGGACUCCGUCACGUCGAAGCGCCGCGGCCGCCGCCCGCCCCGGUCCCGUCCGCUGGCUCCAACGUCACCGCUGGGGGACCGAACGUCUGUACUGAGUGCGGCAAACUCAUCGUGGGGGUCUUCUGCCGUAUCAAGGAUCGAGACAUGCACGCAGAAUGUUUCCGCUGCGCCACUUGUGGGAACUCAUUGAAAAAUCAUGGUUACUAUCUCGUGGGAGGUAAACUGUACUGUGAAGUACAUGCUCGGAACGCAUCUGUUAUGCUGAAAGAACCGGUCUCUCCCGUCGCCGGGAAUUUCUCUCGGAUCCCUGCCAGCUCCUAUCAGUCCGAAGCCGUUCUCGUCAAGUGCUCCGACGAAGCCAACUUCAAUCCCGCGCCGCCAAAGUGGCCUCCUCAGCAAACGUUCCAUCAGAGUACGACAUCAACAACGACCCAAGCGUCAUCCGCGACGAAUUCAUUCAGCUCCGGUCUUGAACCGCUUGGCGGAAGCAAACCGGCCCCUCGUCGUGGCCGUGGAAUGUUAAGUCAGGCCGGGGGACGAAUUCCGGUCUGCGCUACAUGCGGAGCUCCGAUCAGGGGACCUUUCGUUUCGGCUGUAGGGAAGACCUGGUGUCCGUCGCACUUCGUCUGCGCAAAUGGAACGUGUCGCCGUGAUCUGAUCGACUGCGGCUUCGUAGAAGAGAACAAUCAUCUUUAUUGCGAGCGCUGCUUUGAGAACUAUAUGGCUCCCACGUGUUCGAAGUGUCAUCAAAGGAUCAAGGGCGACUGCUUGAACGCAAUCGACCGCCCUUGGCAUCCUCAGUGCUUCACAUGCGCUCACUGCCAUCGUCCGUUCGGAAACAACUCCUUCUAUCUUGAAGACGGACUUCCGUACUGCGAGAGAGACUGGAACGAAUUGUUCACCUCGAAGUGUUUCGGCUGUGGAUUCCCAAUCGAAGCCGGCGAUCGAUGGGUUGAGGCGCUCAGUAACAACUAUCACUCCACCUGCUUCAAGUGCUCUGUAUGCCAUAAGACGCUGGAAGGCCAGAGCUACUUCGGAAAAGCAGGGAAGCCGUACUGCCGUCUGCACAUCAGAUAGAUUACUUCCGGGAUUUAUGCCGCUCGACAUAAGAUUCCGCACGGGAAUCGACGAACGAAGGCGUUCCGACUUGUUAAAUUUUGAAACGGAGAAUAGUCACGGUAUUUACGCCCGCUGGAAUCCAGAACAUCCCCGUCUAAGGGCGCGUUCAUUCUCUAGUGCACUUAUGAGGCGAACGAUGUUCUGUUGUUUUUUCGUUGUUUGGAGUCUCCCUCCUCUUCUUUCCCCUUCUGAUCCCCCGUCGUUCCCUCAUCGGUGUCCGCAUCUGCAUAUGUCCCUCGACUGAACUCUUCCCCCGAUUCUACGCGGAAUGGGCUGUCAAGAUGUUCUCGCACGAGGACAAGAGCUGGACGAAAUCGAGGGAAAAUUUCCUCCUCCAGGUCCCGAUCGUAUGUGUCCGAAUCCCCACAGCACAGAUGAAUAAAUGAUCGAUUGCUUCCGACAAA